AUGGUAGCGGCGAUCGUACAGAGUUCUCCAGCUCGAUCAGUGCAGCAACGACCGAAGCGAUCUAGUUCUAUUGAUUUCGAAAAUGUGAAAGUGACAAUUAAAGUGCCACGGGUGAGGCGGUCUCUUUUACCAGCAAUUUCGAUCAAAAACUUCGAUUUGCUGACGGCAGAGGAGAAACGGCGAGUAGAGGAAGCCAAUGAAGCCGCCAUAAUGGCUGCAGUUUUGGCGCAGAUUGGUAACAAUCAUCUUGAUGAUGAUGAUGAUGAUGAGGAAGAUGAUGAGGAUGACUAUGAGGAUGAUGAUGAAUACGAUGAUGAAGAGCUGGAAUCGACAACGACGAAACCGAAGGUUGGUGGUCCAGAUGUUUCGAACGAUGGUGAGGAUAAUGAAGUCAAAACCAGUGAAAAGGCAAGCAAGGGCUUACUGGACAAAACUCCUUCCUUGGAUUACGCCUACGAUGAAGAUGGUGGAAGUGACGAUUAUUUUUUGCAAGAAUUCAAACCCCGGUUCAGCCCUGGCCAGUUUGAGAAUCCGUCGAUCAAUGAGCUAAUUAUGCUGGCAGCUAGUCACCGGGGGAAGAAAGCGUGGCAAACAGGAAAGCUGAGACAUUAG